AUGGUGAGGAGAAAGAAAUCAAAACAGGCUUGUUCAAAAGGGUUGAAUCAGAGGUUGAAGGAAGACAGAAUAAGCCAAUUCUAUGAAUCUUUGUUAUGUCAAAUACUUAAUUAUCUUCCUACAAAGGAUGUUGUUAAGACAAGCGUUUUAUCCACAAGAUGGAGAAGUCUCUGGCUUUUGGUUCCUAGUUUGGAAUUGGAUUCCCGAGAUUUCUCUGAUUUCAAUACCUUUGUGAGUUUUUGUGAUAGGUAUUUCGAUUCCAAUAGGGUUCUAUGCAUAAACAAGCUCAAGUUAACUAUUAGUGAAAAUGAAGAAGAUGGCUUUUAUCUCAAGUCAUGGAUUGAUGCUGCAGCUAAGCGUAAGAUCCAACAUCUAGAUGUUCAGUUUCUGCCUCAGUUUCAUAAGAUUCAUUUUAAUCUUUAUAAAUGUGAGGCACUGGUUUCCUUAAGACUCUUUGAGGUGUCCUUGGAUAAAGGCAGGAUCUUCUCUUUCCCUUGUAUGAAGACUAUGCAUUUAGAAGAUAACGUGUAUCCCAAUGAAGCCACUUUUAAGGAACUUAUCUCUUGCUGCCCUGUCUUGGAAGAUUUAACGGUUAUCAUUUAUGGGAUGGAUAGAAAAGUCUUUCAGGUUUACCGAUUCUUAACUUGUAUAAAUACAGACCUAAGGGUCCAUCAAUAA